AUGGCGAAAAAGGAGUUCAAUAUGGCCGCAAAAAAGAUAUUUCUUCUGACUAUCGGUAUGGCACGACAUCUACGGCCAUACGCUCGAUGGGGUUUCUAUGGAUUCCCGUACUGUAACUAUGAUGCAGGCACGUCCGAAUCCGACAUGCUUUGCAGCGAGAAGUUCCGACGAUUCAAUGAUGAGUGA